CUAGUUUUGCAUCUGUGUCUGGGAGAACGAGCGCAGCUCCACCAUGAAGCAGUGUGUGGCAUUGAUGAUGGCUUUCCUGUGUGUCCACGGGGCCCCUGUGGACGUGUUGGCCCCUGGAUCCUGCCAAGAUGCUGUAGCGAGCGGUGCUGCCGCUGAAGCUAUGAACAAAAUCAAUCUGGACCGCACCGAGGGCUACGUCUUCAGCCUGGAUCGCCUCAGCAGUGUCCAUCACAUGACGCAUGGUGAAACAGGGAUUGUCUUUUAUUUGACACUUGAUGUUUUGGAGACCAAUUGUCAUGUCCUCAGCAAGAAAAACUGGAGAAACUGUGAAAUCCGAAACCCUGAAGAGUACCCAGUCUAUGGACAGUGCAAGGCAGUUAUGUACAUGAACAGAGUUCACAGAGUCGCCCGCCUGUACAAAUAUAGCUGUACCGUGAGGCCAGUGCCCGCCUCCAAAAUCAGGGAACGCUGCCCAGAUUGCCCUGUCCAGCUGCCUCAGGACCACGAAGAAGCCUUGAAGACCGUGAAGAUGGGCAUGGAGAAAUACAAUAAAGAGAGUGCGCUGGCCAACUACUUCGUGCCUCUGAACAUUACAAAAGUGUCCUCAUCGCUUCACUUCGGAAGAUUCUACACUGUGGAGUUCACCAUCCAAGAGACGGCCUGCUCUUCCAAAACCGAUGUAGCUGAUUUCUCCAAAUGUGAGGUCAUGGCAUGUGAGUUUGCGCACAAAGGAUUCUGCAAAGCGUCUCACUCUGUCCCAGCCAUGGGCGAGGAGCACUUCAGUGUUCAGUGUGAGAUCUUCGAACCAGAGGCGGCUGAAGAGCAGAAGAAAAAGCACUUGAUCGGAGGUGAACUGGAUCACAGUCACAGCAACACAACAGGCUCAUCUUCAGGACACGACCAUGAGCAUGACCAAACCAAACCCCACACACACAAACACGACCACGAACACACUCACUCUCACGGCGAGGGCCACGCACACAGCCACUCUCACGACCACGAGCAUGUUCACGCCCAUCACGCCAAGGCCCAUGAGCACGCUCAGGGCGAGUGGGAGCACCACCACCACCAGUACGCUCACAAGAAGGAGGAGACCCAUGAGCACGACCACGAGCUGGUCCUGGACCACGAGCACAAACACAGACACCUCCAUGAGCACGAGCACCACCACCACCACCACCACGAACAUGCGCAUCAAACCCCAGUGAGGCGUCCUGAAGGGAUGGUCAUUGUCCUCCCUCCUGUGGACAAGCCCAUGACCCUUCCAGCGUUCCCUGAGAGCCCUGCUGCAGGACCUCCACAGGCCUCCACCCUCCCGUUCCUCCCCGACCCCCAGAUCCCAGGACAGAGGGAACCCAGCAUCCAGGCCUUCCCCAGCACCAGGUCCCCCGAGUGCCCUGCUCCCUCCACCAUCGAGAACGGGAUCCUCAAGCAGGUCGUCAGUGAGGAUCCGCUCUUUAAAACCACUGUCUAGAGACCUUUGGAUAUUUAAUGUACAGUGUCAUAAAUACUGCAAGAGGUACUAUUAUGCUUUGUGCAAUAAAGCAUGUUUUGGCAGUCA